CAGGCUGGAUGUACGAAGAAAAAAAUAUGGACGGCUUACUUGUAAAAGUUUGACUCGACUAUCAGGAUAUUUAACGUCAACUCUGGACUUUUGUUAAACCGUUUGAGUUAAAACCGUUUGUGCGUAUAAAAUGAGUCAACCGUGCCAAAGCAGUACACCGCUGAAUAUCGUGCCGUGGCUGUGUCUGAUCGCGUGUUUCGCCUCUUCUCCAGUCUCGUUAAUAUCAGUGAGUUCUCCAGCGGAGCUCCAUGCCUCCAAAGGGGAUUCCAUCACAUUGUCCUGCACAUUCACCUCCACCAAUAGGCCUACCAGUCGGAUGUCAGUCGACUGGUCCUAUAGACCGCAGAGCGGAGGGCCACCGACAACAUUCUUCCAUUUCUCCUCACAAGCGUUCCCUCCGACUGAGGGUCCAUUCAUCGGUCGUAUUCAGUGGCAGGGGAGCCCGGCCCGGGGUGAUGCCUCCAUUGUCUUGCUCAAUGCCUCACUGAGCGACAAUGGCACCUACAUCUGCACAGUUAGAAACCCCCCCGAUGUCCACGGGUCUCCAACAUCACACACCGUACUCACCGUCACACCCAAGGCGGCCAGUGUGCAGUUCUCUGAUGUGGCGGUCCUCUUAGCCUUCAUCCUCCUCCCCUCUGCCAUCAUCACACUGGGUUUGAUUGCACGAAUGCUCUGUCCCCUGAAGCAGCACAGUCAUUCAAAGUCCUACAGGUCGCCCAUAGAGGUCACCAAUGGAGAGGAGUAUGAUCUCAAGUCGAUGAGGGACAGAGAGAAGAACGUCACAUGCUGUGAGCUGUGUCUGAUGGACUUGGAUCAUGAUGAGUAUGACACCCAAAAAAAGCCGCCUUCGAGGGAAGAGUGCUUCACUGAGUCCCACUGUUAGAGACCCCUGCUGAUAGGGAGGGAGAACUACAAAAUGCAGCCUGGUGCAUUUUGUAUUGAAGAGACAGGAAUCCCAGUAAUGAAAACCCAGGUGAUAGAGUCCAACGAUGUCUUUGCAAACACACUCAAAACCUCACCCAUUCACUUCAACAGAAGGAGUUAAGUGUAAUGGACUGUCUGAAAGUGUCAAUUUUUUUGAUGUAUUGAGGCUAUCCAAGUUUUAUGUCUCAAAUGUGGCGUUUUACAUGAGAGACGAAUGUUUCAGACAAUCAUCUGCAUCUUUUCACCUUGACAAGAACCAACUCUGGUUUUUAACCAAACAGGUUUGAUUUGAGAAAGGUGGAGAAAACCUAGAUCACUUUAGUUGAGCUUGUCUUCUGGACGGUGACAUCAGAAUAUUUACAAUACUCACUUUUCUACCUGUCUAUGUAUGUGUACAGCUGGUACCUGUACGCCUACAUAGACAGUACAUAUACAAAGAUAGAAGAGUUUGAAGGAUUUUUUUUGUGUGUGAAAGAGUGAUGAGUUGGAUGUUUUUUUGUUUUUUUUUGUUUUAAGUUAUUGCCUUCUUUAUACGGUAGAAAAUUCUGACUUUGUUGAAAAACUUUUUUUAGACACUUUAAUUGGAUAGAAUAAUUAUCCUUCACCAUGGAGUAUCAUUUAUGAAUAGUAAUAAAUCCAUCAUUAUUGAAAAAAAUGCUUAAUAAAUUGGCAUUUGCAAAAUCUAUAUUUUAAUUCCUUCUCUGUUAUAUGAGUUGACUUGUGAUUUCAACAUACUUUAUGAUUGUUAAACUGCCCGCCUAUUUUGAUGCCCUAUGUGAUGUUCAACCUGAUCAUACAUUUGUAGUGUUUGACUUUAGGUUUGGGCUGUGAUGACUUUGGUUCAAAGUGAAUUUAUUUUGUUUAAAAAAAAAAGAAAAAAAGCUGCAACCAUAAUGCCCAAAUAAAGAUUUUGC